CACCUGGUCCAGUGACAGGCUUGCAAAUCAUGCCAGUUAACACAACAAGGGCACAAGUUCUCUGGCAAUGCCCUCGUGAUGAAGACAAACAUGGUGUUAUAGAAAGCUUUCUCAUCUUUCAACGAGUGCAGAUGUUGAAACCAUUUGACCUUGAUGUAAAUUCGGAGGUCACUGAGACUUGGAUGUUAGAUGCCAGACCUCAGGCUUGUUCCAGAAGCUAUUCUGUGCCAGUUAGGCUACAGCCUGAAGUCACCUACAUCUUUCAGAUUCAGGCCAAGGUUAGCGGCGUUGACCAGCCAGGGGAGCUAGUUUCACGGGUGUUUAUAGCCCCGGCUGAUGUACCAAAACCAAUUGCAACACUACCCACAAGCGAGCCGUACACAGACGAAAGCUCGUUGAGAGAGUCGACUUUCUCAGUCAAAGUCUGCGGUUCCUGCCUCCUGGACAACUCAUAUGGGAAAGUCUCAGCUUUUGGGAUUCUGGUAUGCCAGGAAGGAUUCUGUGACCAAA